AUGGAGCAGAACCCCGGCAGGUGUCGCUCCGUGGACUCGGGUGGUGGUUGGCCCUGCUGCCCAGUGUGGAGACUCCCGCGAGGCCUGGCCCUGGGCCCUUCGCUAUCUGCCGCCAAGGGGCUGGGUGUGUGGUGCGUGGGGAGGGACCUGCGGUCGGGGAUGCUGCUGUUGGGUCCGCGGGAAGAGGAAGUGGAGAGGAUAUUUCCAUCACCCUGCUGGAAAGAGGCUUGUGACAAGAUAUCCAGCUGGAAGAGUCUGGUGAAGCAAAGCUGGAAUGAAGAGGCGGCAAAUGUGACACUGGAGUGUCUCAAUGGAGAGAUCGACAUCCGGGUUUGUUCUCCUAUUGCUGCUGGCACUGAAUUGCUGUACUGGUUAGCAGCGCCUCAGGCUGAUCCUGCCUCCCUGGGAGAGAACACACCAGCAAGUCUGUCAGAUGGGGUGGCUGUUUCAGAGAAGGCAGAAUUACAAGAACUGUUGGCAGCAUCUGCUGUUAUUGAGGGAGAUGCUUUGGUGGAACAAGAAAGUACCACCCUGGAGGGAAAUGCAACAGAUCUCUUCGAAGAAACAAAAUCAAAAGGAGUUUUGUCUCCUCUUUCUAAACAAGGGGAGACUGAGCCUCUGCAAAGGUCAGGGCUCUCCAUUUUUCUUGAGAUGCUUUGCCACCUGAAGAAGCACCGGUUUGUACAUACUGAUCACAAACCAUUCCUGUGCCCAGAGUGUGGCAAGAGCUAUAGCUCAGAAGAGAGCUUCAAAGCACACACAUUGGGCCACAGAGGUGUACGGCCUUUCCCCUGCUCACAGUGCCACAAGACCUACGGCACCAAACGUGACCUGCAGGAACAUCAGGUGUUGCACACAGGCCAACGACCUUUUGUCUGUCCAGAUUGUGGGAAAUCCUUUGCUCGCCGGCCUUCCCUUCGUAUUCAUCGCAAAACUCACCAAGAGCCAAACGCUUCUUCUGCAGCUGCCUGUCAGUGUGUGAUAUGUGGGCGACAACUGGCCAAUCCUGGAUCACUGCGCAACCACAUGAGGCUACACACAGGGGAACGUCCCUACACUUGCCCCUACUGCCCCAAGUCUUUCCGUCAGCAGGGCAAUUUGCGUGGGCAUCUUCGGCUUCAUACAGGGGAACGCCCAUACCGCUGUCACUUUUGUGGGGAUGCCUUCCCACAGCGCCCUGAGCUCCGCCGCCACCUGAUCUCCCACACAGGUGAGGCCCAUCUAUGCACAGUAUGUGGGAAAGCACUGCGUGACCCCCACACAUUGCGAGCUCAUGAGCGCCUGCACACAGGCGAGCGGCCUUUCCGCUGCCAUCUAUGUCCCAAAUCCUAUCCUCUAGCCACAAAGCUGCGGCGCCACCAGAAGGCUCACCAUGGUGACAAGCCCCACCAGUGUGGCAUUUGUGGUAUGGCUUAUGCUCUCCCCCGGAAUCUGCAGCACCAUCAGCUUGAACACAACUCAAACCCAGGCAAGGAUGUAUUCAAGCCUUUCAUUAAGUGUCUGCAGGAGCUGCCAGAACAACCUAGAAUGCUGGUAGUGCACUCUAUGGACAUGGCAGCACCAGUGAACAAAGCAGAACUCAUCAUCGCCAAAGAUGGGCACUAUUUUGGAGCACAAGGGGACUCUGCCAGGCAGAAGGAUGUCGUUGAGAUCACACUCUCAGACGCUGAGGGAAAAUGCAUUAUUGUGCAGGAGCCGGGCUCCCCCAGCGGUAUGUUCAUUAUUCAGGAGGGUGUGGGUUUCAAUACAGUGGCUGAAGUGGUUGAAGCAGAAGUGGGGACAUGAUUG